AUGGAAAGAGAAACGGAGCGAAGUUUAUCUGAGAAGUCGAGAAGAGGCGAUCGAGAAGAUGUGAAGGUUAUCGAGUGGGAAGAAUUCGACCACGAGCUCACGCGGUUAUGGAGUCUCUCUUCUGCUCUGAAAUUAGCCGAAGAGAAGAAGCAAAACCUGCAGCCGAAACUCGAGUCUCUUAUUCAGGUUAGUACUGAAUCAUUGAGACGAAGUAAUGAGCUUGAAGAAAUGCGUCAGAGGCUGGAGGCAAGAAAAUUGCUGGUGGAGAAGACUGCAGCUUCUUGCAAAGUCACUGAGCAGGAUGUUAAAAAGAAAGAGGAGAAUCUCAGUACAGAGGUGAGAUCUUUGCUUGUAGGCGGCACCACCCUUUCCAUCGCUAAAAGCAAAUUGCAGGAGUCAAACUGCCAACUAGAAGGAGAAAGUGGUUAUGCUCAUCUAAAGAUUGUGACGAAUAAGCUGAGGAAGAGGCAGCAGUACAUGGUAUCUCAAGUUUCAUUUAUCUAUCCCUUGAAGAUUGAGGCUGGACCUUCACAAGACCAGGAACUGGAAUCGUUUCCAGGUGGCACUAGACUAGUAGGAACAAAGCCUCUGAGCCAAGGAUCCGUGAGAAUUCUGGGGCUGCCUUUUAGUAUGGCCCCGUUUACAAAGAUGAGCUUCUUCACCGACAAGAAAGAAGUUCAGAAGUCAGCAACUGCUCUAGGAUAUGCAGCUCAUGCUGUGUCACUAAUAGCUCCUUCAUUAAAAGUGCCUCUACGUUAUCCUUUGUGCCUGGGUGGCUCCAAAACAUAUAUUAGAGACUAUGCACCGUACAUUGAGCCUUCAUCGUCUGACAUGUCUCCAAUUUCCACACUUUCCUCUAAAUUUGUAGAGUUCCCUCUGUUUCUGGAUGGUCAAGAUACUACUCGAGCUGCUUACGCUGUCUUUUUAUUAAACAAGAACAUUGAGCAACUCCUCAACUUUGUGGGGGAAAAUAGUUUAGGACCACGUCAGGUUCUAGCAAACCUCAAGGAGCUAAUUCGAAUCAUCCAGUCUCCAGAUUAUGUAAAUUCUUUAUGA